AUGUCAGAAUCGUCAAGCGUCGACGUGGAGGCGGACAGGAUGCGGGAUGGGGAAAAAGGCUCCCCCGAUCCUUCCGCCCACGCCUGGAGCAAGGUCGAGGCUCUUCGUCAGCGCUCCCAACGCCUGACCGCCCGUCUCCAGCAAAAGCAGAGGGAAAUGGAGAGGGAGUGCAUUGCAGCCAUCCAAUGCUCUGGGACCGUUCCCCGUGAUGUGAAGAUCGUCACUCCGCCACCGCCACAGAGGCGAUUACAAGAGACAGUGCCAGGACCUAACCACGCCCAUUCCGCACCCUCCAACAACCGACAGUCCUUUCCUAAUGCUGUCCCAGGAUCCAUGGCGGUAGCCAUGUCCCUACCCUACCACCUAACUCUGCCUUCCUACCCGGUGGCCAUGCCAACCCAGCAACCGCUGCCAUUCGUGCAGUUUAUGUCCAACCAGAGCCAGCAGCCAAUGUCGAAGAAAAAGUCAAAGCGGACGCUCCGAAACGAAGUGGAAGCCCUCCAGGAGUUGGUCAAACUUCUCUCGCACCUCUCCCCGGAAGCUAACGCGUACGCCGGCCAGCUGAUACGUCAAAGCGAAGUCUUAUCCCACCUGGAGUGGAGUCAGGACAGGGUGCAACAGACGCCUCUUCGUCAACAACCCCAGCGCAUCGUAGGCGGGAGCGAAAUGGUCCGGCGACAACUGCACCAACCAGGUGAAAAUCGGCAGCGCCACGAAUCUGAGGUCUCGAGCACCAGUAGCAACAGCAAUCCUGGCCAGCAACAGACAAAGCAGGGACGAAGGGAGCGCAACCGCAAGAAAAGCGAGGGCUCCGGCAACAACAAGAUGCAGUCCCUGAAAACCGAACUUGAGGCGAUGCGGUCGUACAUAAACAGAAUAGUACAACAUCACGUGGGUACAGACCACCAGCUGCCUCACGAACUGAUCUUUAAGGGUCACUUUUCCGAUCUGGAAGCGCAUGCACAACGACUGGCUGCGGCGGGAUAUGGACGCAUCGUGGAAGAGGAAAUCCGUGUGAACCGCAAAAACAACAGGCAGGCCUUUAUCACAAUGUCUACAGACCGCGAAGCCCUCGAACGGGAUGGCAUCGUGCUUCUACCAGUGGCCCGUCGUUAUGCCUUUGAGGGUGAUAAAGUGCGUGCCUUCGUUCUUAAUGCGGGUGCCCAGUGCACUUCAAAGCCUGCCGAACCUACCUCUGGGGAAAUCACUGGCGGAAGGUCCUCUUUAUCAAUUGCGGACGAUGACGACCUGUCGGGAGAAGAUGAUUCUCAGGACUCGGAAGCUGAUGGCGAUAAUGUAGUUGUCAUAUCGUCAGACAACAGCCCUAGGGCGUUCGUCAUAGCCAUCACCAAACAAACUGAGCUCCGCCAGAUCGUCGGAACAAUAUCGUUCACGAACCCUACCAAACUUUGUGAUGACCAGCUCUUUUACAAGUUCCGGCCAUACGACAUGCGAGUACCUAUGGUCUACGUACCGAAGGAAGCCUGUGCAGCCCACAUUGGGAAUACGCAGCAAGGGGAGGUCUCGGGCCUAUUAUACCUGGCCCAUAUACUUGAGACUGAUUGUAAUGGACACUGCAUUGCUGAGCUAAUUCAGCCGGUAGGUCGCGUGGGUAAUUUGGAGGACGAACUCAAGGCAAUUCUUUUUCAUAAUGGUCUCCGCGAUAUAAAGCCAUUUGAGCAGCGAUUCGACGAAAUGUAUUCCCAGUCGCUACCGGAGAUAAGCAGGGACGAUCUGCUUCAUCGAAAGGACUUAAGAAAGAUGUGCAUAUUUACAAUAGACCCAAUAACUGCGCGUGAUUUGGAUGACGCCAUUUCUAUUGAAAAGCUUGGAGACAACAAAUAUGAGGUUGGCGUACAUAUUUCUGACGUGUCGCACUACCUGCUGGAGGACAACGAGCUAGAUAAUAUCGUAAAGGAACGUUCGACUUCUAUUUACUUAGCCAAUGAAGUGAUUCACAUGCUGCCUCAGUCUCUGUGCAUGCGUUGUUCGCUGCUGCCCGGAGAGGAUAAGUUUGCUUUUUCCGUAUUCUGGAAGAUGAACGGCCAAGGAGAAAUGCUGCAGGAGAAGCCAGAAUUUUGUCGCACCGUCAUUAACUCAUGUUCCCAAUUUGCCUACGAACACGCCCAGAAAAUCAUCGACAACCCAAAAGAGCGGUUUAACGAGAACGACUUUCCUACCAUUCUAAAUGGAUUUAAUGCCGAUGAAAUUAAGGAAAGAGUCUUAUGGCUUCACGAAAUUUCAAGUUGCCUGCGUAAAUCACGUUUUGACAAUGGCGCACUAACUAUAAACAAUGCUAAGCUGCGCUUCGUCCUUGACCCGAUCAGCGGCGAGCCUUUGUCAUUUGAAGUCGAGAAACAGCGAGAGGCUAACCGCCUGAUUGAGGAGUUCAUGCUACUAGCGAACCAAUCAGUGGCCCGCUUUAUUUACGAUUCCUUUCCAGAGAUUGCUGUGCUGCGCAACCAUCCGCCGCCACUGACUAAGUCCCUAAAAGCGCUGCGGGAAAAGCUGCAGACACUUGGAUUCGAACUGGAUUACAGCUCGUCCAAGGCACUCCAGGAAAGCAUGGUUCGCCUGUGCAACGAGGCCCCUAACCCUGUCGCUAUGAACGCCUGUCUUAGUCAGCUUCUGAUGAAGCCAAUGGCAAGAGCAACAUAUUUUUGCAGCGAGGGUAAAACGGAACCAUCCGACCUGUGGCACUACGCCUUGUCUAUACCUAUCUACACCCACUUCACCAGCCCUAUCCGUCGGUAUCCCGACAUAAUGGUGCACCGCCUGUUGGCGGCCGCACUUGAGUAUUGCACACCACCUGGACGAACCCCAGACGAAUUACACGCCCUAACGAAACUAGCUAAUGAGCGAAAGUACAAUGCAAAAAUGGCCGGAGACGACUCCAGCAACUUGUACUUCAAGCGCUACGUACGUAAUAAGCAAGGCGUCUAUAUGCACGCCGUGGUCAUAGAGAUAUUCCAGCACAUGAUGAAUGUGGUAACCCUGGAGUCUGGCCACGUUAUAAGCAUUAACUACAAGAUGCAAACGGUUCUUGUCGACACGCAUAGCGCACCCAACUACAUUAUGAUUGCCGAGCGAAACAUGAAGCAGGCACCUCGCAAGCUGCAGCUUCUCUCCUUGGUUCCCAUUUGUCUGAUCGUUUGGGAAAAUAAGUUGACUGGUUUCCUAUCGAUGGGGGACCAACCUAUUCAGUUGCCUAAGCAACACAGCGGAUCUGGCUCUCCCCGAAAAAGCAAGGCAAAGCAACAGCAACAGCCAGCACAGCUAAAUAAUCAGCGGCAACGACAACAGCAGCUUCUGCAGCAACAGCAGCGGAUUUUUGCCAUGAGGCAAAAUAGCCUUUAACUUUGUAUAGAGAUUAGGCCUCAACUUUAUCUCAGAGAUUGCAAAUUGCUUACAACAUCAAAAACCUCGGAACUCACUCAUCUAAAGAACAUUGUAGGCCCGGGCUCUAAUUGGCGAAAUUUGACUUACUUACUAUUUCGAUACACAUUUGUAUUUCCAAAAUAGACUUGUAUAAAUGUAUGUAGUAUGUACAUUAAGUUAUAAAAUCAAAGCUAAAUUACGGGGUUCUCAAACAAUAAAACCAAGACGACGAACAGGAAUGCAUUAUUGUAAA